UGUGAGCUGGUGCUACAAAAGGCCACCCAUCAUCUGCCCAUUGUUCUCUGGCAUCAUUGUUUGGUCUGACCUCAGCUGCUCAGUCAUGGCCCCCAAGAAAGCAAAGAAGAGGACAGCAGAGGGAGCCAACUCCAACGUGUUUUCCAUGUUUGAGCAGGCUCAGAUCCAGGAAUUCAAAGAGGCCUUUACCAUCAUGGAUCAGAACAGAGACGGCUUCAUCGACAAGAAUGACCUGAGAGAUACCUUUGCUGCACUCGGUCGGCUCAAUGUAAAACAGGAGGAGAUCGAUGAGAUGCUCAAAGAGGCUCCAGGCCCCGUCAACUUCACCGUCUUCCUCACCAUGUUUGGCGAGAAGCUGAAAGGUGCUGAUCCUGAGGAAACCAUCCUCAACGCCUUUAAAGUCUUCGAUCCUGAGGGAAAGGGUGUGCUGAGGAAGGACUAUGUGACACAGAUGCUGACAACACAAGCUGACCGAUUCUCCGCAGAAGAGAUGGAGCAGAUGUUCGUUGCCUUCCCUCCUGACAUUGCAGGGAACCUUGACUACAAGAACCUGGUUCACAUCAUCACCCACGGAGAGGAAAAGGACCAGGAAUAGGCAGGACUUCUUUCAGACCCGCUGAAGGAGAUAUGAACUGUCGGUUAUUUACUCGACCCCCGCCCCCCGUGUUGGCUGCAUAUCUGUUAUUGUACAGCACCCACCGAAGAGCAGAAGAGGAUCAAAGUUCAAUGUUUCCCUCCAGGCCUUGAAAAAGGGGGCAUUAAAACAGCAUCAAAUUACUCUUGUUUUCCAAUUUGUCUUGGAAUGGUCAUCUUGACAGACUCAUGUGACUCUGUUCUGUAAACUGAUAUGCCGGUCGAUCUUCAUGUGCCUGUUUGUCCAAUAAAAGUUUUAAAACUCAC